GUACACACCAUAUCCGCGCGUCUUUAACCUCACCCAUCGUGAUGGAUCGGGUUCCCCUCGAAAUCGUGCAACAAAUCUUGCAACACGUCGAUGGCCCAAGCAACCUGUUCAAGGUUGUCCGCGUAUGUCGCGACUUUGCAGCCCUCGCUCUCCCGUACCUAUACGAAGACGUUCUGUGGACGGAUCCCCAGCGAUUGGCGCGCAGCCUCCCUGUCUGGUCUGAGCAUGUGGCGUUGCGGUUUUUUGUGCGCAGCUUGACGUUUAGCAUAUCAUACAUUGAAACCGGUUUGAUCAUGCGACACCCUACCUUGACCUUGGAAUCGGAUGCGUUGGUCGGUACAUCCGGCGAGGUGAUGCGAAUUGGUCCAGGUCUCUCGGUAAUCUCGCCGAUACGACGUAUGCCACGGGGGACCCUUCCUGAGCGACAUCAAUCGACGUACCUUCGCCCUGUCCAGCUGUAUGCGGAUGACGCGCUAUACGGCAUUGCUCUUGGAACCCUAACGGGACUCAGUGGCUUGCGUCGAUUGAGCAUGACCCAUUCGCGCUUGCCAGAUGAGAUAUUCACCAUCAUGCACGAACUCCCUAGUCUCCGCGAACUACACGUUAUCGGCUGCAUCAUCUCACUUUCUGCUCUCAACGAUUCUCUCCCAGACUACACCAGCCUGCAGAUCACCGACCUGACCCUUUGGGGCGUGUACGAUACAGGUCCGAGGGCCAUACAGUUCCAGCCCGACUGGGAUCACGUUCGCCCGGCCCCGCUACACCGCUUCUACUCGCUGUUGUCCUGUCCUACCUUGCGUAGGCUACGGUUGCUGAUCCAGCGGGACAAUGAUCUGAUAGAAACCUUGUCGGUAUCGGCCACAUCGCCGGUCGCUGAGAUUCGACAGCUACUUCCGCGCAUAACGGCCGACCUGGAGGAGCUUACUUAUGCCUGGCAGGAUUCGUUCAUGGCGCGAGAAACGGGAGCUCCAUUUUCGUCGCUUCUGCAGUACUUGCUACAGUCUUGUCCCCGCAUUUCCAAGUUGACGUCCCUUGACGGAGAUCCUAUGUGGAUGCCGGAGGAUGCGCUUCCCAGGCUUCGCACCUAUCGUGGACCAGCUGCGAAGGGCCUAGCGAUGAAGCUUGCCAAUAGUCCCAUAGAGCACCUUGUUAUCGAGUCCGGCACGUUGCUGGAUCCACCGUCCAAGAAUGUAUCCAUACUAUCGGUGUUGGAGGAACUACAUCCCGUGCAGUUGCCACUCCGUGAACUGUCGCUGAGCACGCUAGCCUGGGACGUCAAUCUGCUGUACGCAGUUUUUGCAUUGUUCCCGGACUUGCACAGCUUGGAACUCAAGUAUACGAUUGGUUGUCCAUCGGAGAUAUUGCUCAUGAGCCAGGGCUCCAACCUCAUCCCCCGCACCCCCUCUCUUCACACCAUUGCAUUGUUUCCUAUACCGGGGCCAAUUGCCAAUCCCAAGAAUCCUAUAGAAAUAAU